AUCGCUUUCUCCCCAAAAUCUUUAUCUCUCUCUCUCUCUUCCCUGACUUCUUCACUCUUCACUUUCUCUCUCUUUAUUGUGUUUGUACACUACUGCACUGUAAAAAAAUACAUUUUUUUUUUGUUUAUUAGAGAAUCUGUUGUAAUUUAUACUUUGAUUUUUUAUUUAAUUUUUGGUUUGUUUGCAAGAGGGGGGUUGAGUUGGAGAUGAAUACAAUGGUCAAUUUCGGAGAUGACAAUAUUGUUGUUGUUAGGUAGUGGUUGUUGUCGGAAAGGGAGCUUUUUUGGCUUCUGGGUUUGUGUUUUUGUUUUGGGUGUAUGUGAAUACUGUUAAUCGAUUGAUGAUGAUGAUGAUGAUGAUCAGUGAAGAUACUGAUUUGGGUUUUUGAAGUUUUUGUUUUGGGUUUUUAGUUUGUUUGUUGGAUUGGGAGAAAUAGAAAUACAGGGGUUUUCAGCUUCUGCUUUCGUGAACCUAUAAAAGGGGGUCUCUGAAGCAGAUUUUCUGAUCGGCCCAGUUGCUGCUUUUUCGUCUUUUUUAGAUCAGUGUUAACAAAAUCAUGUGCAGUGGGCCAGAGAGAUCAAAUUCAUCUUCAUCUUCCAAGGAAUCUACUGUUGACUCUAAUUUAUCCUCCCACAAUAUGAGUAAAUUAACUGUUGUGACUGAAGAUUGUUUCUCUAGUUUGCUUGAGCUUGCUGCUAACAAUGAUGCUGAGGGUUUCAAGCGAAUGGUUGAGCAAGAUCCCUCUUCUGUUGAUGAGGUUGGACUGUGGCUAGUGCGCAGAACAGAUAUUAAGAAGAUUGUGAAUGAGGAGAGAACUCCAUUGAUGGUUGCUGCAACAUAUGGGAGUGUUGAUGUCUUGAGGCUUAUUGUGACUCUUCCGGAGGUUGAUUUGAAUCGGACCUGUGGACCAAACAAGUUCACAGCACUUCAUUGCGCUACAUCUGGUGGGGCUGUCAAUGCAGUUAAUGUGGUUAAGCUUCUUUUGUCGGCUGGUGCUGAUCCAAACAUAGAGGAUGCCAAUGGUCGAAGACCUGUUGAUGUGAUUAUUGCACAUCCAAAACUUACGAAUGGUAGAGUUGCACUUGAGGAAUUGCUUAUCAGCAGUAUAUCUGACGGGUCAUUUGGAAACUGCAAUUUGAGCCUCUCUGCGACUAAUUCAAACUCGUCUUCGCCGGUUCUUUCUUCUUCACCAGAGAAUGGGUCUCCAUGCUCCCCAUCAGACUCUGUACCAUCUCCUGUUGCAUCCAAGUUCAAUGAUACCCCGGCUAAUUCUGCAUCAGAGAGGAAGGAGUAUCCUGUUGAUCCAUCUCUUCCUGAUAUCAAGAAUAGCAUUUAUGCAACUGACGAGUUCCGGAUGUUCUCCUUCAAGGUGAGACCUUGUUCAAGGGCAUAUUCUCAUGAUUGGACAGAGUGUCCUUUUGUUCACCCUGGAGAGAAUGCCCGACGAAGGGAUCCCCGGAAGUUCCACUAUAGUUGUGUUCCCUGUCCUGAUUUUCAAAAGGGUGCUUGUAGGCGAGGUGACAUGUGUGAGUAUGCACAUGGUGUAUUUGAGUGUUGGCUGCACCCAGCCCAAUACCGAACGCGGCUAUGCAAGGAUAGUACUAACUGUGCCAGGCGAGUUUGCUUCUUUGCCCACACUACAGAGGAGCUUCGACCAUUGUAUGUCUCUACUGGGUCUGCAGUUCCCUCCCCUAGGUCAGCUACCUCAGCAGCUGGUGUGAUGGACAUGGCUGCUGCAUUGAGCCUUUUGCCUGGAUCUCCUUCAUCUCAUUCUGUGAUGUCUCCCACGGCAUUUAAUCAGCAGAUGUCUCCAACUGCAAAUGGAAUGCCUCAUUCAUCUCAAGCGUGGCCACAACCUAAUGUUCCGACCUUGCAUCUCCCAGGAAGCAACCUCCAAUCUAGUCGUCUGAGAUCUUCUCUCAGUGCGAGGGAUAUCCCGCCUGAGGAUAUCAACAUGUUGCAGGAUUUUGAUGCCCCUCAACCGUUACUGAAUGACUUGGCUUGUUUUCCACAGUCACGUCCUAAUUCUUUUUCUUUGAAUCGACCUGGUCGGUCCAAAACACUAACUCCUUCAAAUCUUGAAGAGCUAUUUUCUGCUGAGAUCGCAUCUUCUCCGAGAUAUUCUGAUCAGGCAGCGGCAGCUGGUGUUUACUCUCCAUCUCAUAAAUCGGCUUUUAUGAAUCAGUUCCAGCAGCAGCAGAGUAUGCUUUCCCCAAUCAAGACUAAUGUGUUUUCACCAAAAAAUGUUGAGCAUCCUUUAUUGCAGGCCUCUUUUGGUGUUUCCUCUCCUGGAAGGAUGUCACCUAGAGGUGUUGACCCCAUUUCUCCUAUGAGUGCUCGGCUCUCGGCAUUUGCUCAACGCGAGAAGCACAUGCAACAGCUACGCAGCCUCAGCUCUAGGGAUCUAGGAUCCAACAAUGCUUCUGGAAUUGGGUCUCCUGCCAAUUCCUGGAACAAGUGGGGCUCACCCAGUGGGAAAGUGGACUGGUCUGUUAAUGGAGUUGAAUUUGGACAGUUGAAGAGGUCACCAUCCUUUGAGGUUAACAACAACGGAGAGGAGCCCGAUGUAUCAUGGGUUCAAUCUCUUGUGAAGGAACCAUCACCUGAGAUGAAGGAAAAAUUUGCAGCACCACCCAUUUCUGGUGCUGCGCCAUCCGGUGAGGGUUUGAAAUCUUCCAAUUCUCAAAUUGAUUCUGUUGAUCAUGCAGUUUUAGGAGCUUGGCUGGAGCAGAUGCAACUUGAUCAGCUCAUAGUCUAGUAACAGCCUAUAUUCAUUUUGAUUUAAACAAAAACUAAACUCUUAGACAGUAUAUAGUCUUUCGGGUAUACUUUUUGUUGGUGAGAAAGAGUGGAUGAUCCGUCUGUUUCUCACGGGGGACUUGAGGGUAACAUUCUGGGAGUUCCAUUCAUUUUUAAUCAAUUUUUUGAUGUUUACAAGUCUUAUGUCGCCAUCCGGGGCUGGCAUUAAUGAAUACCCAGUCCGGCUUGGUUAAUAUUUGUAUGCCAUGAUUAUUCUAUAAAUAUUUUUUUUCCCAUUCUGAUUCCAGUAACUUCUAAUUCUUCUUCAGCUUGAUGUUAUCUUUUUUGUUUUUUUUCGUGCUGUCUUCUGUCUUCAUUCUUGUGACGCAUUGUCGAUUUCAUUGCGUGUCAAUCUUGAGACCUGAAACUUGCUGUAAUUUACAAAGAAGGUUGAAUUGGAAAGGCUGUCAUCCCAAAUUACUGGUACUGGUUGGGGGGAGUUGACUCAUCCUUUCUUCAUGUUUUCCCCUACCUACCUACCAAGAAGUCUACAUCUAUUGGAUUGAAGAAUUCUGAAAGAAUGUAAUGUAAUCUCAUUUGUAAAGGAAGGUGUAAAUUCUCCCAGAAGUUGAGUUGGUUUAGACUUUAGACAAUGAGAUGUGGAGGUUUCUUGCGUGUUUAGUAGAGUUUCCGCAGUCGUCGAAAUGUUUUCUUCAGUGUUUUACAAUUAGUAAUGUGAAAGGAAUCAGAAAAACCAUCCGUUUGUAGCAAAAUACACACAUUAGAAUUUUUCUUUGGUGCCCUCUAAUCUACUUGUUUCAUAAAGAAUUUGCUUAAAUCAAGGUUUAAGUUUAUUAAUUGAGGACACGUCUUCUGUCCCAAAAUUAUAUUAAGAGAAAGGAGCGAUUUGUAAGUCGGUUUUGUGACUUUUUUCCUUUUAAUUUGAGAAGUUAGGAUGCAAAAUAAAUAUGCUUCCUUCUUAAAGUACUGAUGUCCUUUUGUCUUGAAGAAAUAUAUCCUUCUUACUUUUCCAUUUCCUUGUGAAUAUAUUGGAUGGGGGCUUUCUGGUGAAGACAUGCACUCAUGCAGUAUGCACUAAAAGUGCAGCAAAAUUGCAGGAAAUCACUGGUGGAACCAUUUCAUAAGCCACAAACAAAAGAUGGGAGGUAAGUAUGAAUAUAAUAAAAAUGAGCUGAACAUAAUCAAUGUGGUAUAAAGAUUUGUAGUCUAGCAAUUCUAUAUGCAGGGAAAGAGACAUCCUAAAACUGUUUAAUUCCCUGUCUUGCAUACUCAAUACUGAUACAAAAAUCAGGCAAGAUCUACAACUCUGUACCAUUGACAUGUAUGUAAAUGUGAUACAUUUGCUUCUAUGAGGAUUCAGAGACGGCAGAAUCUGUGUCCUCGGACGAUGUUUUUCCCCGAAGGUACCUCCACGGUCCUGUACCGGAA